AUGGCUUCAAACAAGGAAGAAGGCACCGCACAGGCCCGCCUCCCAAGCCCGCGCCUGGUCAGCACAACCCACGCCCGGGACGGCACGUCCGUCUUCGCAUCAGACGAGACCAUCCCGGCCUUCCAGCCCUUCGGGCCCGGCACGAGCGGCUUCCACAACUUCGACCUGCGGCCGACGCUCCCGGCCAACAACAACACCGGCGCGGCGGCCCCGCCGUCCGCCCUCGCCAGCACGUUCCCGCGGUGCGCCCCCGGCGGCGCGUACUUUGGCGUCACGGACGUCCCGCCCAGCUACUCGGCGCCCAUGCACCGCACGCUGAGCCUGGACUACGCGGUCGUGCUGUCCGGGGAGAUCGUGUGCGUGCUCGACGGCGGGGAGGAGAAGACCAUCUCCCGGGGGGAGUUCAUCGUCCAGCGGGGCACGAACCACCAGUGGGUCAACCGGUCGCAGACCGAGGUGGCGAGGAUCUUGUUUGUCAUGGUUGGGGCUGAGAAGGUUGUUCUGGAGGACGGGAGGGGGCUGGAGGAGACUGUGUUCAAGAGGUAA